CAACGAUGGACGAUCAGGCUUCGCGUGCGAAGUCGCCAGAUUCUGAGGAAGAUCCCCUCCUUUAUUGGAAGAAGAAAGCAGCGAAGCAUGACUUUGACCCCGAUACCUACAUUGUGGAGCCACAGCUCCAUUAUUCGAGAUUGAACGAGUUAGAACGAGAUGUGGUGCAUGCGUCUGAAUUCUUCAGAUGCCGAGGGAAAUAUGAUCUCGCUGACAACACAUUGCCGGAUCUGAGCCAAGGAAGGCCUUCACAGGUUAGUGAACAGACAUGGAAGUAUCUUUUCAAAGAAAAGGUUGAGGUUGUCACCGAUGGACCAGACUCGAAGGAGAUCCAGGAGAUAGCAGAGAGUCUCUUGAAAAGCUACUUGAUCUUCUGUAAUGUCCUAGAACGCCUGGAUUAUCUUGAGGUCGCGGGAUUUUGUCGUGAAGGUUACAGCAUGCUGGUCAAGCAUCCUAAGCGAGACCUGGCAGAAGUCGUCCGAGUUUCUAAACGAACCCUAAAAUAUCUGAAGUUUGAUUUGGAAGAUGCCAUCGGUAAAAUGGACUCCCAGCUUGGUUCCUCCAGUAUCCAGCGCAUCGAAGACAGCUUGUGGUACCUGCAAAAUUCGGUUGAGUUCAAUGAGGGCAUCGUGGGAUUGGAUUGGUUGUCGAGAGGCCACCCGCGCGGCCAAACUAACAAUUUCACAUUAAUGAAAUUGAGGAUGACGGUAUUAAUGCUCGACUUGGCCCUCGUCGCAUACAUGGGAUCGCAUGGAUCGCAAUUUGGCCACUACAUUAACGAAGAACUUGAGAGCAUAGUUGUAUCGGGCACCAAGGAAUAUCCCUGGAAUUUCAGCUGUUCUCAGAAGAGAUUGGCUUGUCUGGAUAAGUUCCUAGAUUCAAACAAAGUUUGGGUGUUUGAGUUCUGGGAAACCGAAAGAGACCCCCAGCUGCACGGUGAUGGCUCGCCUCCCGGAAAACCUCAGCAGCUGUCAAUUUUGACCGACAUGGAAGCUUUUGCCGAUCUUUGGGGGCCAGUCUGGACGGUUCCAGCCGGAAAUAAUGCUGUUCAGCAAUAUAACGUUUCGAAGGGAUUCAUUGCCAGAGUGAGAGAUGGUGCAGGAGACAACAUUGAUGGAACUGUGAAUUGCCAUUGGUACAGCUGGGCCUCUGUUAAUGGAGGUGAGGCCAAGAUCCAACCCACACCAGCCAAAUUCAACAAGGACAAAGAAACUGAAGUUUUUUCGAUUCCGAAGGGAAGGCGCCUGUAUAUUGGCGCAUCUUUACUACUCAACAAAACCUGUAGAUACACACUUGACGAGUACGAGAGCGAUUAUGCUCAGACUAUGGUGCCACUGGGAACUACUGAGACUACUUGGAGACUUGACACACGAACUAUUGGGUUCUCCGCUGCUCAAUAUGUUGGCAUUACUGUAUCUGGAACCCAGAAAAGGAUUCCAAGCACUACCGUCAAGGACCACAUAUGGAAUAAACUCAGCCAAAAUCCCACGAGGGCCAACCCUUGCUUCCUGAACCAAUUUCUCGUGGUUGAGAUCAGCCAUUGUACCGGAAAUUCAAGACGGAGGCGAGUGAAAGACCUUCUCCGCAUGGAAAGAGUACAGCGGCAUCUUCAAUAUUCUCACCCGGGUUGGGAUAGGACACAGUGGGGUGUAGGACUGUUGUCCCUCCCGGGUGGUGAUGACGACGCGCUCAUGGCUUUUUGGGCGACUCAUCGGAAGAAGAGAGGAGAAAUAGGGGAUCUGCUAUGUCAUGUGCUGGAUUUGCUCCAUAAAACUGGCCCAUUGACUGGAGGAAAAUUUGCUGCUGCUUACUUCACAAAACAAGAAGAGCUUUGCGUCAAGAUGGAUAUUUCUUUGAAUGAUUGGGCGAAAACUCUUCGUGACUCAAGCUCUACGGCAGUCUACGCUAUUGUUAACAGAGUCUGCCUCAAGUAUGAUACUGGGGGAGAGAUCACAUUACAUGAGAGCCUCAAUACUGCUCACACAGUGUUUCAGACACAAAUUGCUCUUGAACCUGGGCAGGGUGUAGACCUCAUCAAGCUAAACCCCAAGGAAGACAUAUUCCAGCAGGUCAGCAGGAGUGGCAGUGAUAUUGAGCUCAGAUGUUGCGAUACCCCUCAAGCACUUGCUUCCACCCUCUUACACCGACCGAUGUUGACUGCGUGGGAGAUCCAGAUGCUUUGUCGAAGGCUCAACGGCGUGAGACUUGUCGCAUAUAUCCAAUCUUCCAAAAAAAGCCAUCGCGGAUGGAAGGACCCCAGGCUAGUGCGAGCUCCCUCGCAACAAGACCCACAAAUUUUGCUGGCUCAUAAUCGGCAAUCCUCCAUAGGACGAGAAAUUCGGCAGGAAGAGAACGAGAUUGAUCCUGCUGGUUUGCACCUCACAAGCCGACCUAACCCCAAUGAUAUUCUAACACGGCGAGACGCGCAACCAACAAAUGUUGAUGUCACUUCUCCUAUGAACGGCGAAAUUGAGACGCAAAAUCGUGAGUGGAGAGGUACUUCGCGGACCAAGCCCCGGGACGCUCGACUUUAUGGACUGCACCCCCUCGGCCCGGGAAUUUUCCCGACAGUAACCGAUGAUGCCGAAGUCGAAUGCUUCAUACGAGACAUAUCUAGACCUCAGAUUGGGGAACAGAGUCGUGACAGAAGAGCAAACGCUGAUGGAGUACGAAAUCAGUCUACGACUGCCCAAGGUCUGGCCUCGGCAGACCAGAUUCUUGAGCGCAACCGUAAAAGAAGGAGAAUCGAGAAUGAGAGAAGAGAUCAGGAUGAUCGGACAGCGAUUGGUUAUGGCAGGAAUCUGAAUGAUCCCAGAACUAGGAGGGAAACGCAAAGCAACGAAAGGGUGCAAUCCGGGGUGGAUAGCCGACCACCAAAGGCAGCCAAAUCGAGCUGAUCUCAGAGGAGUCAGUACCUGCAUGCCGCAAGUACUUGUUAAUUCUAUGCCAGUAAAGUGACAAAAGGUUUGUGUUUCUGAGUAUGUAAUUUGAGGAGCUGGGGGCGGUAGGGUUGAGUUGACGUUGAAUAUUGAUACGCUGCUUUCCUCUAUAGCGCAUUUUUAUGGAGCUCCAACAGAUUCGUGGAAGUUGCCAAUAGGAGUACUGAAUUGUAAGGAUGCCACCUGAUUCGAGGGUAAACAAACCUGAAGAAAGUCUAAGCAAGCCUAGACACAGCCUGGAUAUCAAAGCAUACUCUGAGUUCGC